UGAAUUUUAAUAAGUGCAACAAUCUAUAUAAAGUAAUUAAUUAAUUUGAUUACGAAUCAAUAAAAAGAUAAUAUAUAAAAUUUCAGUGCGUGUAACAUUAUCCAAUGUUCUGUAGCGAAACUCCAUUUUAACUCCCAACCGAAACCUCCGUCAUCCACCGUCCAUGGCCGCCGCAGAGCACCGAAAGCUUUUUCCGGUGAAUCAAACCGAACUUAUGGACAUCUUUCCGCCGCCGCCGCCGGCGAGUAAACAUGUUCUGAGCAUCUCUCCUUACAUAAUCAUCGCGGUGGCGUUGCUUGCCAGCUUCUUCCUCCUCCUCGGCUACUACUUGAUCAUCGUCCGGAACUGCUCCGGCUGGCAACGGAGGAGACGCGCCGACUCGCGGCUCGACGGCGAGAAUUUAGACUUCCUCGUGGAAAGCCGCCGUGGCCCGGUGAUCGACCACCCCAUCUGGUAUAUCCGCACCAUCGGGCUUCCGGCGGCGGUGAUCGGUAAGAUAACGGUUCUGAGGUACAGAAACGGCGAGGGUUUGGUCGACGGGACGGAUUGCUCCGUUUGCCUGAACGAGUUUCGCGACGGCGAGAAUCUCCGGCUGCUGCCCAAAUGCAGCCACGCGUUUCACGUCGCGUGCAUCGAUACGUGGCUGAGGGCCCACACCAACUGCCCGCUGUGCCGCGCCGCCAUUGUUUCCGACGUCCCCGCAGCUCCGCCGCCGCUUCCCGCUACCUCACCCGGAAGCGAAGAAAUUCCGGCGGAAAACGGCGCGGAAGGCGACGGAGAAUCCAGCAACGACAACAACAACCAAGUCGGAAGAAAUCAAGAGAACGAAGUGAUCAGAAUUCAAGAAUCCGGCACUGUGUCAGCACUAAGAAGAUCUUCCUCCAUAGACUCUUCAAUGGCUGCAAAUGUUCUGGGAUUGCCGGCGAUCAAGGAUUCAAGAACUCAGAAAAUGGCGAUGAAGAGAUCGGUUUCGUAUGGUGGGAGGUCAUUUUUCUCCGCUCCAAAUCCAACUCCCAAUUCCAUACUCCCUCUGUAACAAUGUUCAAUUCUGGGUAACUCAAAAAUCAAAAGCAACAAACAGGGGCUAUGCAGUUGUAAGCCCGGCCAAAUUAUGGGUUGAUUUUACUUCAGCUCAUAUUAUUUUUUUUUUUAGAUAAUGAGGAAAACUCACAACUUGAUAUGUAUUGAGUAAUUUCGUUCUUGUGUAAUAGUUUAUAAAUCACAUGAAUGAGUUAAUUGAGAGUAUUGCAGAGUUUUGUUUUAUGAUUG